ACUCUUUGGAAAUUAUCUUUGUAAUCUCAUUAUGAGCAAUGGCACAUACAACACCAAUGGUCUAGAACAGCAAUUUGCUGGUAUGGGCAUGAACAACAACAACAACGGCGGAUAUGGCGGUGAAAAGCUUGGCGGAAGCCGCUAUGUUCCCCCUCAUCUUAGAAACAGCAGCUCCAGCGGCAACGGCCGAUCAUCUGAAAGCUGGGACGAUGCUCCUCGCAACAACCGCAGCAAUGACAGCUGGUCUACCCGUUCAGACUAUGGUCGUGGAGGCAAUACUGGUAGCUGGGAUGGUCGUCCUACCUGGAAGGAACGUGGUUCCUAUGGUGGAAAGUACCGCCGCGAUGGCGAUAACGGCUAUGCUCCUCGCCGCGAAGAAGGUCAAGGCUACUGGAAGGACGGUGUUCACCACGUCGGUAACAGAAACCCUCGCGCUGAACGUGAGCUUUUCGGUGCUGCUGAAGAUCUUGAUCGUCAACACACUGGUAUCAACUUUGAAAAGUACGAUGAUAUCCCUGUCGAAGCUAGUGGUAACGAAGUCCCAGAAGCCAUUACUUCCUUCACAAGCCCUCCUUUGGAUGCACAUCUUUUGUCCAACAUUGAGCUUGCUCGUUACACAACCCCUACUCCCGUCCAAAAGUAUUCGAUCCCAAUCGUCGCUGCAGGCCGCGACUUGAUGGCAUGCGCUCAAACUGGUUCCGGUAAAACGGGUGGUUUCCUCUUCCCAUUGUUCUCAGAACUCUUCUCCAAGGGCCCCGCUCCCCAACCCGCUGAAAACAGCUCAGUUCCUCCUGGUUAUGGUCGCACUCGCAAGGCUUACCCCAGCGUCUUGAUUCUUGCCCCUACUCGUGAGCUGGUUUCACAAAUUUACGCUGAAGGCAAGAAGUUCGGCUACCGUUCAUGGGUCAAGUCCUGCGUCGUCUAUGGUGGUGCUGAUAUUGGCUCCCAAUUGCGUCAAAUUGAACGUGGCUGCGACUUGUUGGUUGCUACCCCCGGUCGUCUUGUCGAUUUGAUCGAACGCGCUCGUAUUUCCAUGGAACAAGUCCGCUAUCUCGUUCUUGAUGAAGCUGAUCGUAUGUUGGAUAUGGGUUUCGAACCUCAGAUUCGCCGUAUUGUUGAACAAGAAGGCAUGCCCGGUGUCGAAGACCGUACCACCCUCAUGUUUUCCGCUACUUUCCCUCGUGAUAUCCAACAUUUGGCUCGCGAUUUCCUCAAGGAUUAUAUCUUCUUGUCUGUUGGACGUGUUGGUUCCACCUCUGAGAACAUCACUCAAAAGAUUGAAUACGUCGAAGAUGAAGACAAGCGAUCCGUUCUUUUGGAUAUCUUGCAUUCCAAUGAUGUCACCGGCUUGACUUUGAUCUUCGUCGAGACCAAGCGUAUGGCUGACAGUCUUUCCGAUUUCCUUUUGGGUCACAACUUCCCUGCCACCUCCAUUCACGGUGAUCGUACUCAACGUGAACGUGAACGUGCUCUUGAAUACUUCCGUUCCGGACGCACUCCCAUCAUGGUGGCUACUGCUGUCGCUGCUCGUGGUUUGGAUAUCGCCAAUGUUGCCCAUGUCAUCUCAUACGAUCUUCCCACUGACGUUGAUGACUAUGUCCAUCGUAUUGGUCGUACUGGACGUGCUGGUAACACCGGUCUCGCCACUGCUUUCUUCAACCGUGGUAACAAGGGUAUCGCUACUGAACUCGCCGAUUUGCUCAAGGAAGCCAACCAAGAGAUUCCUCAAUUCUUGGAAAGCAUUGCUCGUGAAGGCCGCAGCUUUGGUGGAUAUGGUGGUGGUCGUGGAGGUCGCGGAGGUCGCGGUGGCCGUGGUGGUCGCGGCGGCAACAGCUUCGGUGGCCGUGAUUACCGUUUCCAAUCUCAAGAGCCUGCUUCCCGUGGAUAUGGUGGCGGUGACUCCUUCAACGCCUAUCCUCCUCUUGGUGGAGGUGCUAGUGCUGGUGGUUAUGGUGGCCAAAGACCCGCUGCUGCAGCUUCUGCUCCUCCAAUUCAGUACCAAAACAAGACCAGCUGGUUCUAAACUGCAAACAUCUCAACAUUAUAGAACGGGGUUCGUACGCACUCUUGACCUCGUAUGAACCAUUUUAGAGCUUUCUACCCCCCACUACAGCAACGGUCAUGUCUUUCUUUAUAUCUUUAUCCUCCUUUUUUUUUUUUUUUCUUUCUCUGCUUCCAAUUUCAAGACGCGCAUUCAGACAACUCGGAUUCAUCAUGCAAUUUUAUCAUAUUUAUAUUAUACCGUGUUUUCUUCUCUUUUAUUUUAUUUUUCUUCUACCAACUCUUUGCGACGUAUUCAUAGAUUGUAUUGCAUUUAUCCCAUUUUGUGUAUCUUUUUUCACUCCAAUUCUUUCGUGUCAUUUAUUGUUUUGUUUCUUUCCUCACUCAAACCACAUAUCAACCACCACACCACUCCUCUUUCACUGUCCC